AUGAUUGCAGUCGAAGCACUACCCUCACUUGCCCAACUCAAGAAUCUCCGUCGUCUCGACGUCUCUAAAUGCAAGAUUGGCAGCGAGGUGAUUUUUGCAUUGGCAUCACUGCCUCUGUUGAUCGAACUCAAUCUACGAAAUGAAAACAGACUGUCUGACGAUACAUUUACAAAGGGUGGAUUCCCAUGGCACCAUCUUGUCAGUCUCGACUUGACAUCGUGUAGUAAAUUGUCUGAUGUCUCGUUUGUCAGUCUUCCACCAUGCCCCAAUUUCCAAACUCUUAUUCUCGAGUCUUGUUAUAAUUUAACCGAUGUCACUAUCAACUCUAUCUCUACCAAAAUGACAUCACUCACCAAACUAUCACUAAAAGGGUGCAAAUUUAUAACAGAUUCAUCAUUGGUACCAUUGUCACAGAGACUUUCGAAAUUGCAAGACCUCAAAUUGUCUAGAUGUCAUUCUAUCACCUCAGUCUCUCUCCAAGCCAUUGCCACCAACCUUUGCAACACACUAGAUAAAAUCGAUCUUUCAAUGUGUCCACAACUAGAAGAAUCAUCCAUUCAAAAUCUAAUCAUUCAAUGUCCAAAAUUAAUCUCUGUCAAUCUUUCUGAAAAUCCAAAUAUUACUCAAAAUACCCUAACUAUUAUUAAUGAUUUAACUAAUCUUUUACAUUUAAAAUUGGAUUCUUGUCCUAAAUUGAUUGAUGAUGGAUCAUUAACAUUUUCAAAUUUGGAGAAAUUACAAACAUUGUCAAUUCAAAAAUUACAAAUUAGUCAUCAAAGUUUUUUAAAUAUGACUACAGUAUUGAGCAAGUUGACCUAUAUAUCAUUGAAACAAUGUUAUCAUUUAAAUGAAUUAUCAUUUACUGGAUUAAAUUUGCUGACACAAUUAGAGUAUUUGGACCUAAGUAAUAAUAGUAGAGUUUUGGAUGGUACAAUGAUAUCAAUUUGUAAUCACUUGAAAAAUCUAAAGCAUUUGGAUUUGACACUGUGUAUUAGAUUGACGACAAAAUCAUUUUUACAAAUUGGAAAACAUCUUCAAUCACUAGAAACACUUAUUCUAAGUGGAUGUGCCAAUUUAAAUGAUGCCAAUGUGAUUCAUUUGGCCGAGAAUCUUUGUCUGCUCCGACACUUGGAUUUAAGCAGUGCUGGUCUACUCACAGAUCGAUCAGUCCAUUUCCUAGCCGACCAUUUACUCUAUCUCGAGAAACUGUUCCUUCGUGAAUGUAAUAAUAUCACUCAAGCUGCCAUUGACUAUAUCAAGAGUAAAUGUACACUUUUUAGACUCACUCGUCUAUCUCUUCACUCGCUACCAUUGGUUGGUGAACUACGAAAUGCUUCACCAUCUGAAAUCUUGAAACCAAUUAAAAUCAAUGAAGGUACUACAUCGGAAUGGAGACUACAGGCAAAAGAAAGAGCAAACAAACAAAAGGAACUGGAAAAGACAGAAUCACUACAAAGAGAACAAGAAAAAAGAAUGCAACUGCUACAACAACAAAAGGAAGAGGUGGAAGCAAGACUAAAGAAAAAGAAAAGAGAAGAAGAGGAACAAGCGAAAAAGAUAGAGGUUGUCGAGAUACGAUAUCGCGACUAUGAAGAGUCACUAGGUUACAAGGAACUUUUACAAAGACCAGUCACAAACCCUCCCAUCGACCCAAACAACUUGGAAAAAUAUCUAAACGAUGAAUCAUUCCAACAAGUAUUUCAUUUGAAAAAAUCAACUUUUUAUUCAUUACCAAAAUGGAAAAGUGAUAAACUUAAAAAAGAUCUUAAUCUUUUUUAA